UACCUGGAGAUGCGCUUCAACCGCGCCGUGCGCCUCUGCGGGACGCUGCAGUACCUGCUGGCCACGGUGCUCUACACCGGCAUCGUGAUCUAUGCGCCGGCGCUCAUCCUGAACCAAGUGACCGGCUUGGACAUCUGGGCGUCUCUCCUGUCCACCGGAAUCAUCUGCACCUUCUACACGACUGUAGGCGGCAUGAAGGCCGUGGUGUGGACCGAUACGUUCCAGGUGGUGGUGAUGCUGAGCGGCUUUUGGGCCAUCCUGGCCCGCGGGGCCGCGCUCCUGGGCGGGCCCCGGCAGGUGUUCAGCCUGGCCCAGAACCUCUCCCGGAUCAACCCAAUGGACUUUGACCCUGACCCUCGGAGUCGCUACACGUUCUGGACCUUCGUGGUGGGCGGCACGCUGGUGUGGCUCUCCAUGUACGGCGUGAACCAGGCACAGGUGCAGCGCUACGUGGCCUGCAGCACGGAGCGGAAGGCCAAGCUGGCCGUCCUCAUCAACCAGCUGGGCCUCUUCCUGAUCGUGAGCAGCGCCGCCUGCUGCGGCGUCAUCAUGUUCGUCUUCUACAGCGACUGCGACCCUCUCCUCACUGGGCGCAUCUCCGCCCCAGACCAGUACAUGCCCCUGUUCGUGCUGGACAUCUUCGAGGACCUGCCCGGCGUCCCCGGGCUCUUCCUGGCCUGCGCCUACAGCGGCACGCUCAGGGCGUCCUCUUCGGGUUAGGCUCGGGCUUCUUCCUGUCCCUCUGGGUGGCCUUGGGCGCCACGCUGUACCCGCCCAGCGAGCAGACCAUGGGAGUCCUGCCGUCUUCGGCUGCAGGCUGUGUGGUUCCCUCCAGCAAUGCUUCAGUCCUUCUGGACUCACUCCCCACUCUCAACAGCUCCGGCCUCCCAAAUGCUGAGAUGACAGACUCCGGCUCCAGCUCCACGGAGGACCUGGGGCGGCCCGCCCUGGCCGACAGCUUCUACGCCAUCUCCUACCUGUACUACGGAGCCCUGGGCACGCUCACUACGGUGCUGUGCGGAGCCCUGGUCAGCUACCUGACCGGACCCACCAGGCGCAGCGCCCUGGGCCCCGGGCUGCUGUGGUGGGACCUCGCACGGCAGACGGCAUCGGUGGCCCCCAAGGAGGAAGUGGCCACCGUGGGUGAUGGCCUGGUAAAGGGUCUGGAAGAAAUUCCUGCAGGAGCCAAAAACACCCCCCACUUCCAGCCUACAGAGGAAGACGGCGUGCUCUUCCUGCAGAGCGAGGAGAAAGGGCCCGGGCCCUGGGCUCCUUGCAGCAGCAAAGGCCGCGACCUGGACCGGGAGACCAAUCUCUGAGGGCAGGGCCAGCACCUGGGAUGGACCGCUACACAGUCCAAUCCCAGGCCACGGGCAGCGGUCUCACACUCCUAUUGGCUGGACAGUAUCCUAUGCAAAUAAGCUUGGGCAGGCAUAGUCCCCGCCCGCCCGUGGAAGGGGUCGAGGCCCCGCCCCCUGGAAGUCACUGUGUAGCCCCUGGGUUGGGAGGGAGAGUCGCUCUGGUCGCCUCCAGCCUUUACUCCUCCUCCUGCUGUGGCUCCCAUUGCCUUAUGAGAACACCCACCGUGUGGCAUUCCCCCGAAUUCAUUGGGAACCUCAGAAAGUGAGCUUGCUGGAAACAGGGUCUGAACAGCUGUCACUGGCCAGAUUAAAAUGAGGCUAUACUGCAACAGAUACUGCAGCAGAGCCACCCGAAUCCAAACCCGGGGAGGAGGGCUAGAGUCCAGCUCAGCGAGGUGGGCUUGAGGCACGGGGUCUGUCCCAUCCCUGCCGAACCAAAGUCAAAACAAAAUGUGGCCCGGGCGUGGCACACACCUGUCAUCUCAGCACUCGGGAGGCUGAGGCAGGAGGGUCGCGGCAAGUUGGAGGCCAGCCUGGACUACAUAGCGAGGACGGAGGUAGAGGUCGAGUGACAGAUCUAAAAGCCGGAAAAUGCCAGGGGUUGCCAGGAGCCAGAAGGAGGCUGGGACUAGGUCUGCCUUUGAGCCCUUAGGAGCCAUGACACUUCAUGCCCUGACUUUGGACUUCCGAUUCCUGAACUCCCAGAGAACUCUCUGUGUUGUUUUCUGCCAGCCAGCCAAUGGCAGUUUGUUCUAGCAGCCACAAACACUCAUACCCAUCCCCUGACCUAGACCCUGCCACCCCUGAACAUGUUGUUCUUUUUCCUAGCUGAGUAGUAUUCCACUGGAUGGGCUGUCCUGUGCCACUGAUUCCCCCGGGUUGGACCUCUGUGUUGUUCCCAGCUCUCUGUGAUCAGAAAUAAAAUUGUAAUAGACA